AUGAGUACCAGAGGCUCGACAGUUCUGUUUCUUGUACUUUUCUGUGAUUCACUGUCAGCGAACAACUGCUCCAAACAGACCUUGCCCUGCAAAGACGGCCUCCUGAUUCCGUUAUGGCGGCCGGCGUUUGACAUAGGCAUAUACGAUCGGAUCCUUCGCUCGGUCGUCUACCUGCUUUCAAUGCUUUACCUGUUUCUUGGCGUAUCGAUGGCCGCUGACCGUUUCAUGGCCGCCAUUGAGGUGAUUACCUCACAGGAAAGAAACGUGUCUGUCCGACGACCGGAUGGCUCAAAGUUGACCGUCAAGGUACGUGUGUGGAACGAUACCGUCUCGAACCUGACCUUGAUGGCGCUGGGAUCGUCGGCGCCCGAGAUCCUGCUGUCCGUCAUCGAGAUAUGCGGCAAUCGGUUCGAGGCGGGCGAACUCGGUCCCAAUACAAUCGUCGGCAGCGCCGCCUUCAACCUGUUUAUGAUCAUUGCCAUUUGCAUCUACGCGGUGCCGUCCACCGAGGUUCGUCGACAGCAGCACUUGGACGUUUUCAUGGUCACCGCGGUGUGGAGCAUUUUCGCCUACAUUUGGCUGUACCUGAUCAUCGCCGUUUUUAGCCCAGGUGAGGUGCAGGUGUGGGAGGGAGUAGUCACUUUCCUGUUUUUUCCAAUUACUGUGUUGACAGCAUACGUGGUGGACAAAAAAAUGAUUCAGAAGAAGUUUAAGAACGUCCGUUACCGUGCGAACCAGUUCGGUUUGCAUGCCAUGACACAAUCGCAGGUCUACAAGAACGCCGAGAAAUCCUCCGCACUCCUGCCUCAGGGGAACCUCACUUCAGAGGAACGCACGUUUGAGGAACAACGUAGAGAAUUCCUCAAAAUAUUAACCCAGCUGAGGAAGGACUGCCGGGAUGCAGACAUGGAAACGCUUGAGAAAAUGGCGGCUUUCCAGAUGAUUCACAAAUGCAAGAAAAGCAGAGCGUUUUACAGGGUGCAGGUGAUCAGAAAAUUAACCGGUUCCGGAGACGUGGUAAAAAGCCAUUUGCUGAAACAAAUGAACCAAAAGAAGACGUCAGAGAAGCGGUCGGUAAACUCGAAUGAUCACUGUGUCGUCUACUUCAAGCCGUGCCACUAUAAUGUAAUGGAAAACAUCGGCAGCUUCAACUUGACCGUUGUAAGGGAAGGUGGACUGCCGGACAUAACCGUUGCUUUCGACUACUUUACCAAAGACGGGACUGCAAAGGCUGAAUCCGACUAUAAAUCCGCUAAUGGAACCGUAACCAUGGGACCUGGACAAACAACGGCUACAAUACCUAUCACCAUCAUUGAUGAUGACGUAUUCGAAGAGGACGAGCACUUUUUCGUCUACCUAAGUAAUCAAUUAUUGUUAUUAAUGAACAGGAAUAAUCGGGUUUCGACCCCCCGUCGUCACUGA